AUGGCGACCAUCAAGGCCAUCGAGGCCCGCUCAGUCCACCAAAUCCAAUCCGGCCAGGUGAUCACCGACCUCUGCUCCGUCGCCAAGGAGCUGGUUGAAAACAGUCUCGAUGCGGGCGCCACCUCGAUCGAAGUCCGUUUCAAAAACAAUGGACUCGAUCUAAUCGAGGUGCAGGACAACGGUAGCGGGAUUGCGCCGGAGAACUAUGAGAGUUUGGCAUUAAAACACCACACCUCCAAACUCACCACCUUCACCGAUCUCACCACCCUCCACACCUUCGGCUUCCGCGGCGAGGCGCUCUCCUCCCUGUGCGCGCUCUCCAGCUUCCACGUCGUCACGGCGCAAGCGCACCAAGCCCCGAGAGCCACCCGCCUGGAGUUCGAACCGAGCGGCCGCCUGCGCCGCACGCAGAUGGUGGCCGGCACAAAGGGGACGACUGCGUCGGUGGCACACAUCUUCCGGGGCUUACCGGUGCGCCGCCGCGAACUGGAGAAGAACAUCAAACGGGAGUACGGGAAGGUGGUGGGUCUGCUGCAUGCGUACGCGUGCAUCAGUACGCGCGUGCGGUUCUGCGUGCGCAAUAUCAUCACCAACCACCCCGCCUCCUCCGCCUCCUCUGCUGGCAGCGGAGGGCGCAACGUGGUCGUCUUCAGCACGCGCGGCAACGCAACCACCCGAGAGAACAUCGCGAAUGUUUACGGGGCAAAGACGCUGGGAGCGUUGAUCCCGCUGGACCUGGCGCUGGAGCUCGGGACCGACACAACCAAAAUGGAGAUCAAAGUGCGCGGACAUGUGUCGAGGCCGGUGGUCGGCGAGGGACGACAAACGCCGGAUCGGCAGAUGUUCUUUGUGAAUGCGCGGCCGUGCGCGCUGCCGCAGAUCGCCAAGGCGUUCAAUGAGGUGUAUCGCGCCUACAAUGUCGCGCAGUCGCCCUUUGUGUUUGCGGACUUGGAGAUGGAUACGGGGGCGUAUGAUGUGAAUGUGUCGCCGGACAAGAGGACGGUGCUGCUGCAUGAGGCGGGGAUGCUGAUUGAGAGGUUGAAGGAGGCGUUGGGCGAGUUGUUUGAGGCGGCGGAGCAGAGGGUGCCAAUGGGGGUGGCAGGGGGACGGCAGCUGCGGUUGCAGAGGGGGGAUACGCGGGAUAGUCGGGAUGGUCAGGGGGAUGGUGAACAGGAGAAAGACGGCCAGGUGCACGCUACGGAGACGACUGCCACCGCUCAAGACCGCAUGAAAAGCUUCUUAAGUGGACUGGGGGCUGCAGAGACUCGCGUCGAAGAGUCGGUUGAUGGCUCCACGCAAGACACUGCACCGCAGACGCAGUCUCCCUUGCCCUCAGAAGACAACGAACUCUUCGUACCUCAAGACAGUCCGCCCGAGACUCGCGAGCGGGCCGCCGCAGAUGAACCAUCUACGCAAGACAUCCAGGCUGACGCCCCGAUCCCUUCCACCCAGGACGCCAUGGCAUCUCCAGAAACACCGAGCGUGGUGCAGAACGCGUUCGACCGGAUGCGGCCCAGACGCAUGCCGGCGGAGAUUGCGACGAUCACGAUCAACAACCGCACGGUCACGUCCGUGAUAGGGAGCGGGGCGAAGAAGCGAUUCAGCGAGGCCACUGGGUCGAGCGGGACCCGAAAGAGACGGAUUCACACGCCGUCCCGGCCGAGCAUUUUCGGGAAGCAUAUGCGGGACUUUGCUGCUCCGGGGUCUCAGUUGGCGGAUGAGAGUGAGGCGGAGGGGGUGAGUGAAGAGAUCGAGGAUGACUCUGAGAAUGCAGAGAUCGAGGAUGAUUCUGAGAAUGCAGAGAUCGAGGAUGAUUCUGAGGCUGAGCAGGACGCGAUGGAAGCUCCGCGAGUGGACGAGGGGGAUGCCGAGAAAAUGGAAGAGCCUGCUUCUCACCCUGGCGACUCUGACUAUGAAACUGGACCUGAGGCGGACGAGGCAGCGGAGCCCGCCACACCAGCCGCAGAAGACAUGACGGAGGCGGAAAAGAAGCAACACGAGGAGGCCGAGGUGCAGCGAUUGAUACGACAAGCCGAAGAAAAGGCGGCUCUCCCGCACAACAGCGAGCAGCGUGCCAACAAGAUGAACAAGGGCGCCGCGCACCGCGACUCCACCGUCAACCUCGUGACCCAUGUCGACGGCUCCGUAGCCCAGCUCCAGGCUCGGUUCAGACAGAUCGAGACCUGCCGGCGCGUGGGCAUGAAGUCGGUUGAACACCGGCCCGAGAAGACAACAUCCUCCCCGACCGCAGAAGAACGCCUGUCAUUAACGGUCAGCAAGGACGACUUUGCGCAGAUGCGGAUCAUCGGACAGUUCAACCUGGGCUUCAUCCUGGCGACGCGCACGCAUCACGAUCCCGGUUCCCGCACGACCAAAGACGAACUGUUCAUCAUCGACCAGCACGCCUCGGACGAGAAGUACAACUUUGAGCGCCUGCAGGCCGACACUGUCGUGCAGAACCAGCGGCUGGUGCGGCCCAAGCAGCUGGAUCUGACGGCCGUCGAGGAGGAGAUUGUGAUCGAGAACCAGGCCGCGCUGGAGAAAAACGGGUUCGUGGUGGAGGUGGACGACAGCGGGGACGAGCCGAUCGGCCGCCGCUGCAGGCUGGUCUCGUUGCCGCUGAGCAGAGAGGUGGUCUUUGGGGAGCGCGAUUUGGAGGAGCUGAUCGUGCUGCUCUCGGAGAUGCCGAGUCACGCCGGGGGGGAAGACGUUCCGCGGCCGACCAAGGUGCGCACGAUGUUCGCCAUGCGGGCGUGUCGGUCGAGCAUCAUGAUCGGGAAGAACCUGACGACGCGGCAGAUGGAGAGGGUGGUGCGCAAUAUGGGGACCAUCGACAAGCCGUGGAACUGUCCGCACGGACGGCCGACGAUGCGGCAUCUGAUGAGUCUGGGGGAGUGGGAUGAGUGGGAUGAGUGGGAUGACGAGGAGGAGCGCAACCAGUUGGAUAUGUGGAGGGGGUUUUUCGAGGAGAUGGAUGAAUGA